UGGCUUUGCAGAAAGAUCGUUUCCUCUCAACUACGAAAAUCAGACUCUCUAACUCCUUCUGGAACUUGGAAUGUUUGAAAUGACGGACGCCGGUAAAACCAUCCGAGUUUUCUGCGUCGGAACGGCGGACUCGAAGCUCGAGGAGCUCCGAUUCUUGUCCGAGUCGAUCCAAUCCAAUCUGUACAGCUUCUCCAAGAAUUCUUCUCGAAAGGUACAAGUGGCAAUUGUAGAUGUCUCUUGCAGUCAGAAGGAGACUCAGAGUUUGGGGGAUUUAAUGUAUGUGUCGAGAAAGGAUGUUCUCUCUUGCUAUUCUGAAGCCCCAACAGUGCUUCCGGAUGACAGAGGUGAAGCUAUUGCCAUAAUGAGUAAAGCUCUUGAACAUUUCCUUGAGAAAGCUCAUGAGGAUCAUGUUGUUGCUGGAGCCAUUGGUAUUGGAGGCAGUGGAGGGACGUCUCUUAUAUCAACUGCCUUAAGACUUCUACCAAUUGGAAUUCCUAAGGCAAUUGUGUCAACAGUAGCUAGUGGUCAAACUGAACCUUAUGUUGGGACAUCGGACUUGAUAUUGUUUCCCUCUAUAGUGGACAUCUGUGGGAUUAAUAGUUUAAGUAGGGUCGUGUUAUCAAAUGCUGGAGCUGCAUUUGCUGGAAUGGUGAUUGGAAUGCUUGAGAGAUCCAGAGAUUUUUCUAGUAUCAAUCAAAAGCCUACAGUUGGUAUGACCAUGUUUGGGGUUACAACUCCAUGUGUAAAUGCUGCCAAAGAACGAUUGCAUAAAGAAGGUUAUGACACCUUGGUUUUUCAUGCCACUGGAGUAGGGGGCAGGGCUAUGGAGUCUCUGGUUAGAGAGGGAUUUAUUCAGGGUGUUCUGGACAUCACAACAACAGAGGUUGCUGAUUAUGUAGUUGGAGGUGUAAUGGCUUGUGACAGUUUCCGCUUUGAUGCCAUCUUAGAGAAGAGGAUCCCUUUAGUCCUCAGCGUGGGAGCCUUAGACAUGGUUAACUUUGGAGCUAAAGAUACCAUACCAUCUAAUUUUCAGGAGAGAAAGAUUUAUGAGCACAAUAAGCAGGUUUCACUCAUGCGAACCACAGCAGAUGAAAACAAAAAGUUUGCUGAAUUUAUAGCAAAUAAACUCAACAAGUCAUCCUCAAAAGUCUGUGUUUGCCUACCACAAAAAGGUGUAUCUGCUUUGGAUGCACCUGGGAAGCCCUUUUGUGAUCUUGAGGCAACUGCUACUCUUUUGAAUGAACUACAGAGACUUAUUCAGACAAAUGAAGAUCGGCAGGUGAAGGUGUAUCCUUGCCAUAUUAAUGACUCUGAGUUCGCAAAUGCAUUGGUUGACUCAUUCUUAGAGAUUAGUCGGGAUUUUUUUAAAGAUUCCAGUUCUCUGCAAGUUCCUGUUACUGAGGCCAAUCAAGACCUUCACGAGGAUACUGUUUCCAAGAUGGAAUCAUCAUGGUUGGGGGGAAUUCCUUACAGCCCAAAUUACUUCCCAGAUGCAAGACCAGAGACUUUACAAAGAACGCAGGCAAUAUUGCAGCAACUGAAAGAUCAAAUAAACAAAGGAAUUCCAAUAAUAGGAGCUGGUGCAGGAAUAGGAAUUUCUGCUAAGUUUGAGGAAGCUGGUGGUGUUGAUCUCAUAGUGAUUUAUAAUUCAGGCCGCUUUCGCAUGGCUGGAAGGGGUUCCUUAGCUGGCUUGUUGCCUUUUGCAGAUGCAAAUGCUGUGGUACUUGACAUGGCCAAUGAAGUUUUACCGGUGGUGAAGAAGGUACCAGUUCUUGCUGGAGUAUGUGCUACAGAUCCUUUUCGCCAAAUGGAUUACUUCCUAAAGCAGGUGGAGUCAAUUGGAUUCUCUGGGGUGCAAAAUUUUCCAACUGUUGGGCUCUAUGAUGGUAACUUCAGACAAAAUCUUGAAGAAACUGGAAUGGGAUAUGGAUUAGAAGUGGAGAUGAUUGGAAAAGCACACAAACUGGGUCUCUUGACAACCCCUUAUGCUUUCAAUCGAGAUGAAGCUAUGGAGAUGGCAAAAGCUGGGGCUGAUAUCAUAGUGGCCCAUAUGGGGCUCACUACAUCAGGAUCUAUAGGCGCAAAAACAGCUGUAUCAUUGGAGGAAAGUGUAGUCUGUGUUCAGGCUAUAGCUGAUGUCGCACAUAGAAUCAAUCCCAAUGUUAUUGUUCUCUGUCAUGGAGGUCCUAUAUCUGGUCCUAGUGAGGCUGAAUUCAUACUGAAGAGAACCAAAGGAGUCCAUGGAUUUUAUGGUGCAUCAAGCAUGGAGAGACUACCGGUUGAACAAGCUAUAACAAGCACAGUCCAUCUAUACAAAUCGAUUUCCAUUGACUAAAGCUUGCUAGGUUCGGUGCAUAGUUGCAUUGGCUGCUUUAGGUGGUACUGUUCACGAGGAACUUGAGGAUUCCACUGCUUUUGUUGAUGCCACUGCUCUCGAGGACUGGUUUUGCUGCCUUGCCUUGAGGUCGAGUAGGCUUGUCUUGUUUCUGUGCCGUAUUUGCUUUACUGAUUUGUAUACAGUUGAGUUCCUUUGGAGUAUAAUACACCUCAAAUAUACGUGACUGAUCUCUUGUAUGUCCUUAUGUAAGGGAUCCCUAUGAGACUUUGUAUGACUUUUAAAAUAUAUUUCACUCACUUAA